UCCGGUUUACUCACAAGCCACGCCCCGUUAUUUUCUACCCACGUGUGUACAAAACUGCAUGAUAUCCUGAUAUGUCUGCUUCGCUGCACUUUGUUGAAGGGUAGAUAUAUAUUUUUUUAAAUGGCUACUCUCGCGUCGAAGGACUCUUAUAUCCAAAGCCUCGUCAGUAAAGUCUGUGCUCAGCGAAGUCAAGAAGCAAAGAAGAGGCCAUACGUUCCUUUUAAGGGUAAAGGUGAUGCUGGUCCUCCCAAGAAGAAGCACAAACGGAAACAGAAAGCGCUUAAAGAAAAGGGCGCCAGUGAGAAGACACCUGCUCCUAAACAACAGCAGAAACCUUCCUCUAGCCCGGCAGCACAGAAAGGUCCGACUGCAGGCAAACUGAACGGCUCCACAGCUAAAACAGCUACAGCAGAAAACACACACACACCCAAAGGGGGAAAUGCUGACUCCAAAUUCUCCACAGUAGAUGUUUUACGCAAGAGAUUACAUGAGAAGAUUGAAGAGUCCAGGGGGCAGGGACCCCCAAAGGAUCCGUCCUCAGACGCAGUCCAGGCAAAGCGAGCGAAACGAAAGCUGGAACGGGAGCGCAAGAAGCGGAAGAGGAAAGAAUUCCUGAUGAGAAAGCGGGCGGAAAAAAAUGGUGAAGAACUGCAGCCCGAGAUUAAACAAGAAGAGCCUGCACCUGCUGCCCCCGCCAGCAGGAGAGAUGAGACAGCCAUCGUCUUCAACAAGGUGGAGACAGUGGAGGAGGGCUAUGUGGACAAAAUGGAGAAAAAGAAGAACAAGAAAAAGAGCGUGAAGGGCAACCUGACACCGCUGACGGGGAAGAACUACAAGCAGCUCCUGAGCCGUGUGCAGGCGCGCAAAGCGAAGCUGGAGCAGCUGAGGGAGAAAGACGAGGGCAAGGCCCACGAGUUGGAGGAGAGGAUGAAGUGGACCAACGUGCUGUACAAGGCUGAGGGCCUCAAGAUAAAAGACAACGAGGACAUGCUGCGAGAGUCUCUGAAGAAGAAGGAGAAGCGGCGCGAGCAGAUAAAGAAGCGCUGGGACAAGCGGUGCGAGGGCGUCGUCGAGAAGAUGCAGAAACGGCAGGACAAACGACGCAGGAAUUUACAGAAGCGCAAGAAGGGCAAAAUAGAGAAGAAGAAGGAGCGGGCGAGGAAGAAGGGCAGAGUGAUGCCUGAGGACUUGAAGAAGGCUGCAGUGUAGAGCAGGAAGGACAGGAGGCCUGGGCAACAUCAAUAUUAUAUCAGUAUUGUGAUUAUAAGGCUAGAUGUCAUCUGGGAUUUUGGAUAUCAGGAUAUGGCAUAUCUGUUGUCUUUUCCUGUUUUUUACAAGGCCUCAUUACAGUAAAUGCAGUUUUCUGAACUUAUUAGACUGUUGUAGCUGUUCUAUUAUUUGCCUCUCCCUGAUUGGCUAUCAAAUCCACAUUACUGAUGAUGAUGAUUACUAAAAAUCUCUUGUGUAAGUAUUUCAUGAAAGCAUCAGUAGUCAUCCCCACAAUAUUGCCACAAUAUCAAUAUUGAGGUGUUCCCACUGUAAAAUAACAAAGGUCUGAAUGAAUGAAUGGCCCUGUUUGAUCUCUGCCCUCAUUGCUUUUUUUUUUUUUUUUUUUGCAGUUAUUGUAGAUUAUGUACAUGAUUCAAAAAAAAAUUUCAGUCUUGCAUGUAUUCUGCCCUAGUCCUGUGUGGGACAAAGUUAACAGUGUGUUCUAUUCAGGCCAAUAAAACGUGACCCUUGAUAAUGACA